GGCGGCGCGGGCGGCGGCGGCGGCGCAGACAAAGGCGCGGGCGGUGCGGAGGGCGGCGUGGAGGGCUCGGGCCCCGGAGCCAGCGAGCGAGUGGGGCGCCCGACUGCGGGGAGUCGGCGCCGCGGGGCCGCACCCGUCUCCCGCCCGGACACUUGCGGGGCGCCGAGCCGGUAGGAGGUCAAACCAGCAGCUCCUACCAUCCUUCUGGCUGCCCCUUGGAGCCCACCCAGGCCAGCCUGACUAAUGUCCACAGCCAGGGAGCAGCCCAUCUUCAGCACACGGGCGCAUGUGUUCCAGAUUGACCCGGCCACCAAGAGGAACUGGAUCCCCGCGGGCAAACACGCACUCACUGUCUCCUACUUCUACGAUGCCACUCGCAACGUCUAUCGAAUCAUCAGCCUUGGGGGUGCCAAGGCCAUCAUCAACAGCACUGUCACCCCCAACAUGACCUUUACCAAAACCUCCCAGAAGUUCGGGCAAUGGGCAGACAGUCGCGCCAACACUGUCUAUGGCCUUGGCUUUGCUUCUGAGCAGCAUCUGACCCAGUUUGCUGAGAAGUUCCAGGAAGUGAAGGAAGCAGCGAGGCUGGCUCGGGAGAAAUCUCAGGAUGGUGGGGAGCUCACCAGUCCAGCCCUGGGGCUCACCACCCACCAGGUGCCCCCGAGCCCCCUUGUCAGCGCCAAUGGCCCCGGCGAUGAGAAGCUGUUCCGCAGCCAGAGCGCAGAUGCCCCUGGUCCCACCGAGCGUGAGCGGCUCAAGAAGAUGCUGUCCGAGGGCUCCGUGGGCGAGGUGCAGUGGGAGGCCGAGUUCUUCGCGCUGCAGGACAGUAACAACAAGUUGGCGGGCGCCUUGCGAGAGGCCAACGCCGCCGCUGCCCAGUGGAGGCAGCAGCUGGAGGCCCAGCGUGCAGAGGCCGAGCGGCUGAGGCAGCGGGUGGCUGAGCUGGAGGCCCAGGCUGCCGCCGAGCCACCUGUGGUCAGUGAGAAAGAGGGGCCAGGGCAGUCGCUGGAGCAGCUGGAGGCACUAGUGCAAACCAAGGACCAGGAGAUCCAGACGCUGAAGAGCCAGACGGGUGGGCCCCGUGAGGCCCCAGACAACUCUGAGCGUGAGGAGACGCAGCAGAAGGUGCAGGACCUGGAGACCCGAAAUGCAGAGCUGGAGCACCAGCUGCGGGCAACGGAGCGCAGCCUGGAGGAGGCACGGGUAGAGCGGGAGCGGGCCCGGGCCGAGGUGGGCCGGGCGGCGCAGCUGCUGGAUGUCAGGCUGUUUGAGCUGAGCGAGCUACGGGAGGGCCUGGCCCGCCUGGCCGAGGGCACGCCCUGAGCCUGGCUGCCGGGUCCACGUGGGAGCAGGAGCCUGCAGGAGCUGGUUUUACACAAACGAUUCCCACCUGGGGCACGGGCCAGGCCGCAGGCGGCACAGUGGGCCAUUCACCCUGGCAGGGACUGGAGCCCGACUCAGCCAUGGGAGGGCCUGGUCACAGUUCUGCAGCCAGUCCUGGCUGUUCACAGCUCAGGGGCUGUUUUUGAGCUUUUCAUUGUGUAGGUUUCUAGACCUCCCAGGGCGUAUGCUGGUGCCCACAUUACAUUUCUAAGCGUG